AACUAGAGGUUCUGUCUCCAACUUGCCUGUCAGACUACUCGUCCGCCCUCUCGAUUGCUCACCUCCUGUUAGUAACCAGCUCCUCCCAUUUGCAAAUAUAAGCCAAAUAAGUUGUUGGUAGGGGCCAAGCAGAACAUUUUCCCAGUUCGCUGCUGUAGUGAGUAUCCGUCCUCGCAUCCCGCACAGACUAAGUAGAUGGGGGUCCAGAAUUAAAGAAAAUCCAAAGAAGAUAUUUGAAGUGUAUGCUGAAGUAAAGCAUCCAACUCCAGUGGUUCAGAAAAUGGCUGUGCCUCUCAUCCCUGUGCAGGCGUUGACAAUGGCUAUCCAUCUGUUUCUGGCUGGAAGUGUUUAUGGAGGUGCCUACUACCAAAUGAAGCAAAUUCCACAGCAGAUUCCACAGAUGCAAAUGCAUGGACAGGUCCCACACAUGAUGCACGUUAGGAAAGAGAGCCCUCGCAUGCAGCACAUGGGCAAGGAGAUGCCACACAUGCCCAUGCAUAGAAAAGAUUUACCAUAUAUGCACCGCUAUGGAAAAGAAGUUCCUCAAAUGCAUGUAUUUGGAAAAGAUGUCAUGCCUCAGAAGGAAGCAAAAGAAAUGAUACCGACAUUUCCAAGUGCAAUGAAAGGUGAGAAGGGUCCAUCAGGAGAGCCUGGUGCAAGAGGACCGACUGGGCCACCUGGUCUGCCAGGAAUACCGGGACGUGAUCUUCAAGGGCCAGUCGGAAAACCAGGUCUGCCAGGUCAACCAGGUUUUCCAAGUGUUGGGAAGCCUGGGAUGCCAGGAAUGCCAGGUAAACCAGGAGAGAUGGGAUUGCCAGGUCGCAAAGGUGACAUGGGACCAAAGGGAGAACAAGGGCCAAUGGGACCACCAGGACCACAAGGACUACCAGGUCCUUCAGGAAUGCCUGGAUUUGGGAAGCCAGGCAGACCAGGAUUGCCAGGAAAACAAGGGCCAAGAGGAGAGCCAGGACAGAAAGGAGUGCCAGGAUUGCCAGGUCCUGUAGGACCAAAGGGAAUACCAGGAAUAGGUAUAGCUGGAUUACCAGGUUUAAGGGGACCACAAGGGCUACCUGGACAACCAGGGCCUGCAGGUCUACCAGGCAUCUCAAAAGCAGGGUUUAGUGGUCUUCCAGGAGCUCCAGGAGCCCCAGGCAAACAAGGAUUCCCAGGUCAACCAGGAUUGCAAGGUUUUCCAGGGCCCCGUGGUGUCCAAGGACCUCCAGGAAUGCCAGGUAUUGGAAAGCCAGGUCAAGAUGGACUGCCUGGUCAACCUGGCUUUCCAGGGGCCAAAGGUGAGAAAGGACAACCUGGUUUACAAGGGCCCCCAGGAAUAUCAGGAGUCGGAAAACCAGGGUUUCCGGGUCCAAAAGGUGAACGUGGUCAGCCUGGGCCUCCGGGGAAGCAGGGAUUUAAAGGUGAACCUGCGGCUGCUGGUGCUCCUGGAAUUCCUGGUGCUCCAGGUGCAAGAGGACUGCCUGGGCCUCCAGGUCAAAUUGGACCUCCAGGUGGUUUGGGUUUCCCAGGGGUGAAAGGAGAGUAUGGGCAGCCUGGUGCUCAAGGCCCUCCAGGCCCAAAAGGGGAAGCUGGUAUCCAGGGUUUGCCAGGUAUACCAGGGUAUCCUGGUGAAGAUGGGCAACCAGGUCCACGAGGAUUGCCAGGACCAACAGGACCAAAAGGAGAUAUGGGACAUAAAGGCCCAUCUGGUUUGCCUGGACGACCAGGAAUACCAGGAUUGAAAGGGGAAGUUGGGUUUCGUGGAGAGAAGGGUAUCCAAGGCCCCACUGGAAUACCCGGGAUUGCUGGUCCGGGUGGUCCAAUAGGGCCACCAGGUCUUCCUGGGCCAAAAGGAGAGAAAGGCCUACCAGGGCCACCAGGGCUACCUGGCAUAGGGAAACCUGGGGUUCCAGGACACAUUGGACCAACCGGAAAACCUGGUCCAGAAGGUCUUAAAGGAUUGUCAGGAGCACCAGGCCCUCCUGGCCCUCCAGGACCUCCAGGUCCACCAGGCCCACCAACUGAUAUAAGACAGUUUCAACUUCCAGAGAUGGGGCCAGGAAUUGACGGCAUUAAGGCACCACAAGGAUAUGUUCAGCCAAGUAAAAAAGGGAAACCUAUAGGAAUUAGUCCGGAGAUGCCUGCAUUCACUGCAAAGCUAACAAUACCUUUCCCGCCAGCAGGAUCUCCUGUCAAAUUUGAUAAAAUCUUAUACAAUGGCAGACAAAGCUACAAUCCGCAAACUGGCAUUUUUACAUGUGAGAUACCAGGAAUUUAUUAUUUUUCAUAUCAUGUUCAUUGCAAAGGUGCUAAUGUAUGGGUAGCAUUAUACAAGAACAAUGAACCACAAAUGUAUACUUACGAUGAAUACAAGAAGGGGAUUCUUGACCAAGCUUCUGGGAGCUCAGUUCUUGAACUCAUGCAUGGUGACAAAGUCUGGAUACAGCUUCCAUCUGAACAGGCAGCAGGACUUUAUUCAGGCCCUUAUGUGCAUUCAUCAUUUUCUGGAUAUUUAUUGUAUCCAAUGUAAAAACAAAUGUAAACCAGUAAAGCUUUUAAAACAUGGUCUUUGUUAUCUUACAAAAGUUAAAUUUUCACUACAAAAGCAAUCACUGACAUUUGUAGGAUGAUUAACUGUCAUUCUUUCUUUUAUUGGAAGGUCAUUGCUAGGAGAACCCAAAGAAAGAAUAGACUUGUCUGUUUUACACAUUCUAAAUGAGCAAUAAAGUGUUGGAAAACACAGAAUAAUACUCCAAGACCCAAGACUGAAUUCAAAUCAAUGAAAUAAAAAGUACACGUUCUGCUAGGAACCCUAAGUGUAAACUUGCAGAUCGUUUGCAUGCUUCUCAAACUCAACUCAAAUCUGCACAAGGGAACUGUUUAGAACAAUUUUCCAAUCACAAUCAGAGGUACUAAAAGCACAUCGAAUAUAAGAAUAGAAUCGAAAUAGCACAUCAAUGUAGGGGGUAUCUAAUUAAGUUUGGAGUUGAGGUAAGUUUUCAGUUUAGUGUUAACGUAUACCUAAAUGGUAUAUCCUACUUAUUUUAUACAUUUGUUGAGUGCAACAUGGAUUUCUUAGGAGCAAUUGUGUCUCUUUACAAGAGCAAAUUCACACAAAUAGAAACAACUUAAAGAAAAUGGCUGAAUUGCAAAAGAGGGAAAAGGGAUACAAGACUAUUUUCAUCUCUAAAGUAUGAUUAAACAUGAACAAAUUAUUGUGGUAUCUUCUUCAUCUGGUAAACAGUAAGGAGGUCAUAGCAACACAUCAAGGAUUUAAAGCAGCCUACCAUGUACUGAGCUGCAACAUUUGUCAUCCACCUUUCCAGUGAAAAAUAAUACAUUUGAUAAGCAGAGGCCUGAACACUGAUAAAAUGCGAUGAACAAUAGGUUUCUUGUGAAACAUGUAGAAAUUGAUUUUCUUCUGAGGAGAGGGAAGAUGAAAGAUUUUUAUGCAGUCCACUGUAGCCUUGCAAUUUCUGUUCAUUAGCUCUUUAAAAAAAAUAGUAAAAUGCUAGUAUUUAUCCAAUGUCUACACUUGGGCACUUCCACACCACUUAGGUGAAACAGCCUGGAGCCAUAGAUGUAGACUGUACAGAGAGUGGCAAAAAAAAACUAUUUUGGAUUAGGCAUUUCUUUAAUAAAUGCAUAAGUUAGCAGAUCAGUUGCAAAUAAAUACACUAGGAUACCCAUAAAUAGAUACAACACUGUGGGCUUUUUAAUUACCAAAUGAUUAUAAUUUUGAAUGUGCAAAACAUGCUUGUACCACCAAUUCUAUCUGAUGUUAAAAGAAAGUUUUAUGCCAGUUGUACAUUGCUUUAUUUUUGUUUUUUAAAUAUAUGUGUAAAGAGUUCACCAAGCUUUCAACCUAUAGAAAAAAAUGUUUUGUCCAAGAUUACCUGAACCAGGCAUAAAAGCUGAAGUACAUAACCACAGUUUGCUGAUGACUUCUACCAAUUGUAACUAUGAAUAAAAUUUUCAGCUUUUCAACAAUAAUUUAUUUGUUUUACUACUGAUUGUCUAAAGUUGUAUAUGAGCAGAAAGGCUGCAUCAAAAUGUGAAAUGCUUCAAACAAGAGCCAAAUAAGAUGCUAGAGCAAUUUGUUCAUUUGAAAUAAAAUUUCUGUUGCUCAUGCCAACUUUUCAUCAGCUUUUCACAAACUGAAUCAUUCACAAUGUUUUUACAGCUUGAGAGAUUUAUCAUGUUUCCUUUCAUUCAACGGUUUGAAUUGAAAUCAUUUUUGACUUUAAUUCCAAUUAAGUUUCCAUGAAAUACAAGGGAAAUUUGAACCUUUAAUGAGACUGGAUUAAAGUAGAUUUAGCCAUUGGAUGUCUCUAUUAAAUUUUUCCAACCUUACUCCUUGGCACCUUCUUGAUAGCUCACAAUUUAUGAUAAACAGAUCGAAAAUGGUGUGUUGAUUUGGUUUUAAUUGACACUGUAUCAGUACGUCAAUUUUGGUUGUGUUUCUACAUAUAGGAAUAAUCUUAUUUGAUUUACUAUUGUCCGGCUUUAUUUUGCAGGAAACUAUUUUGGUGUAUCACAAUGUAACCUUUUUAUAGCAUUAAGUACUGUGGAAUUUUUACUUUUAUAAUGAUUAUUUUCAUGGAAGUUUUUUUUAAGGAGUUAUAAUGACUCGGUGUGUUGGUGUUACACUUAUCAGGCUUUGAGGUUACACCAUUAUUUCCUCAAUCCUGCAUCAUUCCAAACUCACCAUGCCAGACAGGGAGAGGCAGUGACUGGAGAACAAAGAAAAUUUAUCAACUUUCCACAGUAAAAGGCAUAAUCAGAAUCUGUGAACAAAUCAUCUAUCUAUGGUUUCAAUGUCGAAGCUAUGUUGAGGGGGUGACCAGGACAAAAUGUAGGCAAUUGAAUAAUAGAGUAUAGUUAACAAAAUUUCAACAUAAAGCAUAAAAUGACUAAAUUUUAAAAUCUUGCCAAAGUAUGUAUAGAAUAUGUAUUCUACAUGCAGCCUGUCAGUCAGUCACUGUGUUUUCACUUUUGAUUACAUUCAGGGUCUUACAGAAAUCAAUGUAAUUUUUCCCCCUCUGGUGACUAAUGCUUAUACUGUAUUAUCUAAACUUUUUUGUACUGAAUUGGAAAUUAUUGUAUUAAAUAU